GCAUUAUAGUUGUCACUUUGCAUAACUUAGGAGAUAAUUGGAAUGUCCCAUCAAGUCGUUGGUGGGGCCUAAUUCCUGUUAACCAAACGGAGCAUGUCAAAUCAAGAAGGAAUCGCAUUUUGUCCCUUUCGGAGCGAUCCAAUUGGAAAUGUUCAAGUAGCUGACUUCUCAAACAUACAAUAUCUUCAGCCUGAAGGUCCAGACGAAGAAGUUGCAUACUCAGCUGGAGACAUUGCACCAAAGCUAAAUGAUGUAAAUGAAGACCAAUCCCAACAGAGAAUAUAUUUAAAGCCUCCGUUACCGAAAUCUCCACCCCCAGUGAAACCACACAAGGUGAAGACUGAAAAGCCUGACAAGCCCGACAAGCCUGCUCCAGCAGCGCCCAAGCCAGUGAAAGACUCCAGUACCGAGCUUACGGGGAGGGCGAGGAAGAAAGCUAAGAAGAGAGAAAAGGACAAAGAAAAGAAGAAAGUCAAAAGCAAGACUGACGAUGCAGUGAGGGGUAUGGAAGAAUCAACCGCCAAACAGCCGGAGCCCGAACAGCCGCCGGAAGCUCAUGUAGCCCCGGAAGAGCCCUCGCUUAAGGCUGAGGCUGAGGCUACUGAAUCAAAGGAUGUACCGACGUCCACUCAUCCAGCCGACCAAAAACCUGUCGUGACUGAGACGAAUAAAGAAACUAAGAGUGAUACUGAGUCGAAACCUAAAUCUGACAGUCCAAAUAAAGACGAUGAAAUCAAGGAGGCAUCACAAAAUAGUAUUUCAUCAGAUGCCGCACCAACUCACGACUCUUCAGAUCCGCCAGUUCCAGAACAGCCGAAUGAACCAGCAGCCUCAGAACCUACCCAGAAAACUGUGGAUGCACCAGCUACAACCGAAACACUAGACGAUAUUAAAGCUGCAUCAAGCGAUAAACAGGUGGAAUCUGAAAUAACUCCAGAGCCUGUGAAAGAUGCCGAUAGCGCCGCUGCCAACGAUACUGCAUCAGCCGAGUCUGCAACUGAAACUUGCUCCAAGGUGCUGAGCGGAAAAGAGGCGCAAGAAGGGGCAAGUCAGUUAACAGAAGAGGCUACAACCUCGCUACCUAAAGAGCUGGAGAAUAUUCACGAUGAUAUACAACCCGGGGCACUCGAGGCGCCAGGAAAGGUUGAAGAAUCUAUGUUACUAACAACUCACUAUAAGGUACCACCAAGAGGAGAAAGUGAAUCUCCAAAGCCGAAAGAUCCUAAUGCCCCUGUGGAUGAACAACCCGAUGUUAAUACAGGUGACCAGUCUUCUGUCGAGGCUCCUGUUUUUAGCGAGGGAGUUUCGGGCACUGCCGUAGAGUCUCAAGGUCCAGUUGCAGCAGAAGAUACUAAACCGACUGAGCCUGUCUUAGACUCAGCUACGUCCAAUGAGGAGGGUGAUACUAAUGAAACUACUGCCAGUGAGGUGGAGCCACAAAGCGAGACUGCUCCCAAGACGGUAGAUAAGCCCGUUGCUGAAGCGGACCUCGAAAAGAGCUCUGAGAAUAAAGAGCCAUGUCGAAAGUAAUGAGUCUUCAAGUACAGCGGCUGACGAUGCGACUGCUGCCCCGGAGCUCCAGACUCCCCCCGAAGAGCCAAAGGAAGAGCCGCGUACCGAGCCAGCCCAGCUGGCGACUGAACCAACUGAGUUACCUGCCGCAUCGGACGAGGCCGCGAGUGAUCCGGCUGAAUCUAAUACACACUCUGA